AUGUCCUCCACCAAGACUUGGUAUAUGCCGGGAUUCGUGUUUUUAUCGAUAACGAAGAGCUUCGAAAGGGUGAAAGAAUUAGUGGCAACCUUCUACAAGCGAUUGAUCAUUCCAAGCUCUACAUACCCAUCUUCUCCAAAAACUAUGCUUCAAGUCAUUGGUGCCUCCAAGCUUGCAAAGAUGGUGGAGAACAACUCUAAAUCUAAAGAAGAUGGGAAAGAGAAUGCCAUAUUGCCCAUCUUCUACGACGUGAAACCCGAUGACGUGAAGCUGAAAACUCCAUUGUAUAGAAAUGCCAUAUCAAAUUUGAAGCAAAUGAGGGAAGAUCAUGAGAAGAAGUUCAGCUCCAAGGAUAUAAAGACGUGGCAGCAGGCUCUCAAAGAAGCUGGUGGCAUCACGGGAUGGGAGUUGGAAAAAUAUCCAGGCUAUGUGAAACUUAUCCAGGAGGUUGUUGAAGAGGUUGUGGUCAGGCUUAAAAUAAGACAAAGAAGUGUAACGGGAGAUUUAGUUGGAAUAGAGGCUCGAAUAGCAAGCAUAAAAAAAUUAUUAGACAUUGAUUCUAAUAGUGUGCGGCUCAUUGGAAUCUACGGAAUGGGCGGCAUUGGUAAAACAACACUCGCUAAGAUUAUCUUCGACCAACUAUGUCCUCGUUUUGGGAGAAACUGCAUCUUUCUCGAUGACGUGAGGGAAACAACAAAAAAGGGCUUAGUCAAGCUACAAAAAAUAUUAUUGUCUGAAAUCUCUUAUUCUAGAGCGGCUCCUAACAUUGCUAACAUUGAUGAUGGGAUUAAUAAGAUUGAAGAAACAAUUUGCAAUAAGAAGAUGCUAAUUGUAUUGGAUGAUGUUGAUGAGGCCAACCAAAUCCAAAAACUAAUCGGAAAGAAAUCUUUGUAUCCUGGCACUAGAAUACUUGUUACUACUAGAGACAAGAGCAUUCUAAAUAUUAGGGAAUUUAAGUAUCAAUUCGAGGAUUAUGAAAUGGUGCGGUUGAGCAAGGAUGAUGCCCUUAAACUUUUUAGUAGACGUGCCUUCAAUGACGAUUCUCCUCCAGCUGAUUACCACACUCUUUCAAAGGGCAUCGUCUCUACUGCAGAUGGACUACCUUUAGCUCUUGAAGCAAUAGAGAUUUCCCUCAAGGUCCUUAUUAAGAGGUGCAUGAUAAAGGUUUUAGAUAAUGAUAUAUUUGAGAUGCAUGAUCAGUUUAGAGAUCUUGGAAGGAUCAAGGAGAGCGUUCAAGCACUCCAUUUGCAAACGGCCAACAACAAUCGUACGACCAUCACAGCGGAGCAACUUAGACGGUUCCCACAUCUCAAGUUUCUUUGGUUGAGUAACGUAGUCUGUGAAGGUGACUUCACGAGCUGUCUUUCCAAGUUGAAAUGGAUCAUUUUGAUGGGCAACACACCAACUAAUUUGGGUCUAGAGAACGUGGUUGUGAUGAAUUUUCGUUUUUCUAACCCCAACAAAGAUGAGAUCCGUUACCUAAUUAAGCCACUUCAGCCGUCCGUUGGGGCUCUUCUUCUUCAGCCGACCUCCACCCCUCCCGAUCUACACUUCCUCCGAGUGAUUUUCCCGGGGUGCCUCUGUUUGAAUGGUCUCUUCCUCUUCUACGCCCGGUUGGCAUAUUGGGCAAAGGCCCUCAAGAGGACCCCAAGGAUGGUUCUGUUCCACCCCCCCCUCUCGUUCCCCCCGCUCGUUACUCUUCAAGGUUUAAAGGAUAAAGGAAUCGUUGUUGGUGGUUUUCUGUGCCCCGUCUCGUCCAACUCUUCCUCGGUGUGA